AAUUGAAACAAUUUAGUAUUGAUUAGCAAAGAGGGGCUAUUUAAUCUCUCGAGUUAAAGCGCCAAAUCCAUUUGAAAACAGCAGACGCUGACAAUGGAAAAUCGCUACGUUUCAAGGAAAUGAGGUUCAAAGCAGCUACCACCAAUGGCUAUGUUAGCGAAGCCUAUGAAAAUCUACUCCACAGACUCAACAGCUAUCAUAUUGACUACUCAUUGUACGGUCAUCUCUUACAACUAUGCAAAGAACAUUGCCUUAUUCGCCAAGGCAAGCAGCUACAUGCUCGCCUUGUUCUCUCCUCAACUAUUCCCAACAAUUUCCUUGCAUCAAAGCUCAUCAAUUUUUAUGCGAAAACCAAACACCUCAAAGAAGCCCACCAUGUGUUCGACCAAAUACCCAUGAAAAAUACAUUUUCUUGGAAUGCCCUUCUCAUUGGUUACUCUUCCGAGAAUCACAAAAACUCAGAAACUCUGAAGUUGUUUUCUUCUUUUUUGUCUCAGAAUUUUGGUUGUGCUGACGUGAGACCUGAUAAUUUCACAAUGACAUGCGUGUUAAAAGCUCUUUCCGGGCUGUUAGUGGAUUCUGUUUUGGCUAAGAUAGUUCAUUGCUACGUUGUUAAAAAUGGGUUUGAUUCGGAUGUGUUUGUAUUGAACGGUUUGAUCACUUCUUACUCGAAGUCAGGUGAUAUGGUAUCAGCGAGAAGCGUGUUUGAUGAAAUUCCUGAAAGGGAUGUGGUUUCAUGGAAUUCUAUGAUAUCAGGUUAUUCACAAUGUGGAUUUUACGAGGAAUGCAAAGGUUUAUAUAGAGAAAUGUUGCAUUUAGAAGGUUUUAGACCCGAUGGGAUCACGGUGGUGAGUGUUUUACAAGCUUGUGCACAGUCAAAUGAUCUUAUUUUGGGAAUGGAAGUUCAUCGAUAUGUUAUAGAAAACAAGAUUGAAGUUGACAUUUUAGUUUUUAACUCGAUUAUUGCACUGUAUUCGAAAUGUGGUAGCUUGGAUUACGCCAGAGAGCUUUUCGAGGAGAUGGGUGAAAAGGAUGAGAUAACUUAUGGUGCAAUAAUUUCAGGCUACAUGAAUUAUGGAUUUGUUGAUAAAGCUAUCAGUCUUUUUCAAGAAAUGGAGAUACCAUGUUUGAGUACUUGGAAUGCUGUUGUAUCAGGUCUAGUUCAGAAUAAUCUGUACGAACGAGCUUUAGAGUUAGUUCGCAAAAUGCAGUUAUCACGUGUUCAGCCUAAUGCCGUGACCCUCUCAAGUAUUCUUCCAGCAAUUUCUGAUCUAUCAUUUGCAAAAGGAGGGAAAGAAGUCCAUGCAUUUGCGAUUAAGAGUGACUGUAAUCAAAAUAUAUUUGUUGCAACCGGAGUUAUUGAUACCUAUGCAAAACUGGGUUUUAUCCAAUCAGCACAGCAAGUUUUUAAUCAAACAAAAGAUCGGAGUGUGAUUAUUUGGACAGCAAUUAUCUCGGCAUAUGCUAACCAUGGAGAUGCCAAGGCAGCAAUUGAUCUAUUUAACGUGAUGCUGAGUCAUCGCAUAAAGCCAGAUUCCGUCACAUUUACUGCUGUAUUGGCAGCUUGUGCCCAUUCAGGACUGAUUGAAGACGCUUGGAGAAUUUUUGAGUUGUUAGAGAAGUAUGGAAGUCAGCCUUUGGAUGAACAUUAUGCUUGCAUGGUGGGGGUUCUAAGUCGAGCAGGAAAGCUAUCUGAAGCAGUUGAUUUCAUCAAAAAGAUGCCAAUCGAACCCAGUGCAAGGGUGUGGGGUGCACUACUUAAUGGAGCUUCAGUUUAUGGUGACGUUGAAGUUGGGAGAUUUGCAUGUAGUCAUUUAUUUGAAAUAGAGCCUGAAAAUACUGGAAACUAUACCAUCAUGGCAAAUUUAUAUUCAAAAGCUGGGAGGUGGGAAGAAGCUCAAGAUCUUAGGAUGAACAUGAAAAUUUUUGGAUUGAAGAAGAUCGCUGGUAGUAGUUGGAUGGAAACAUGUCGAGGCCUAAAAAGCUUUGUAGCAACAGAUGAAUCAAAUGAAAAUGGUGGAGAAGUUUAUGGGAUAUUGGAAAAAAUGCUUGGUUCGAUGAGGGAUGAAGGUUAUGUGAUGAUGAAUGAAUUUACCGAGGAAACCAUGUGACAAAAAUGCUGGUAUGAGUAAGACGUUGCACUGAAGUAGUAAUUUUAUGGGUUUCACGCAAAAGAUUACAGGGUUGCCAUCAACUCUGAGUAUCAUUAGUCAGAAGUAUUGGGUUCAUUGUUAUUCUGUGAGGAACAGGAAGUUGUUUACAGCAUUAAUGGUCUCGAAUAUUGCUUGCGCGAAGCCAUUCUGCUGGAACUGAAGAUGCAACAUUUCAGGCGAUAGGACUGCUCCUGAAAGAAUUGAUAUAUGGUGUAAAUAGUAAGUGACAAGACAUGUA